CACUAGUUCCCGAGGUGACGUCAGACUGUGAGUCUGGGCUGGGCUGGAAAAACAUGUAACGCUGCUCUCUGCAUCCUUUCACCAACAAAAAGAGACCAACUCCCUUCCAUCACCUCGGGACUUUGUGUAGUGGAAAAGCACCAUUUGUGGGGUUGUGGGGAAGGCCCCCCACAGGUCCCCUCCCCCACACCCACCGACUAACCAGGAGCCAUGAGUACAGGCAGUUCAGGCAAAGUCAGCGGGCUCAAACCCCCGAGUAAAAUAGUCCGUCCAGCCGCGGCGCCGGUGAGGACGUCUCCAUCCUCUGGUGCUCCAAAGCCAGUUUCUCCAGAGAAGCCCCCCGGCAGCGUGACCUCUCCGACCGCUGACGGAAGCUUCGACUUCCAGACUGGAGAGAGAGUCUGGGUCAACGGCAACAAGCCCGGCUAUGUGCAGUUCAUCGGGGGCACGCAGUUUGCCCCGGGGCAAUGGGCGGGCAUCGUGCUGGACGAGCCGAUCGGGAAGAACGACGGCUCGGUGGCAGGGGUUCGAUACUUCCAGUGUGAGGAUGGGAGGGGGAUUUUCACACGGCCUUCUAAGCUGUCAAAGACGCUGCUGCCAGAGAAGGAGGCAAACGGAGGGCAGGCCAGUCCGGCACAGGCAGCACCGGCAGCACAGGAGGCCCCGGCAACCCUGGCAACCCUGGCAACCCCGGCACAGAGCGAGCCCACACCUGCUGUCACUACCUCAACAGCUCCGGGCUCCGCCAUAAAGCUGAGUGCCGCGCUCAACCGAAUGUCCAGCGAGUCGGUAUCGAACCUCUCAGACACAGAAUCCAUGAAGAAGAAUAAAAGGGAGCUGAGGCUCGGAGAUCGAGUGCUGGUCGGAGGUUCGAAGGCAGGUGCGGUUCGGUUUCUGGGGGAGACAGAAUUUGCGAAGGGAGACUGGUGCGGAGUGGAGUUAGAUGAACCUCUGGGCAAGAAUGACGGAGCAGUCGCAGGAAGCCGAUACUUCCAGUGCAUGCCGAGGUACGGUCUGUUUGCUCCCGUCCACAAGGUGACACGUAUCGGUUUUCCCUGCACAACGCCCUCCAAGGCCAAGACAGCGCAGAGGAGAUCCCUGCUCAAGAGGAGUCCCAGCGCCUCCUCCAUCAGCUCGCUCAGCUCCGCCACUUCCUCAAUCAGCGGCAAACCCAGCAGAGCAGGACUGCUGACGGAGACGUCUGCUCGGUACGCUCGUAAGAUUUCUGGCACCACGGCGCUGCAAGAAGCUCUGAAGGAGAAGCAGCAGCACAUCGAACAGCUGCUGGUGGAGAGGGACCUGGAGCGUUGUGAGAUCGCCAAGGCAACCAGCCACGCAGGAGAGGUGCAGCAGGAGAUGGCUCUGCUGAGGAAAGGCCGGGAUCAGUAUGCCGUGGAGAUGGAGACAAAGUUGGAUCAGUUACGUUCGCUGGUGGAAGCAGCAGAUCGAGACAAAGUGGAGCUGCUCAACCAGCUGGAGGAAGAGAAGAGGAAAGUGGAAGAUCUGCAGUUUCGUGUGGAAGAGGCGUGCAUCACCAAAGGAGACCUCGAGGUGGCCACGGUGUCUGAGCGCUCCAAGAUCAUGGAGCUGGAGAGGGAAGUGGCGGACCUGCAGCUCAGGCUCCGAGCGUCCCAGCAGAAAGAGGAUGCCGUGUCUCUGUCCCAGCAACAGAUGAGCAACCUCAAGGCUCAGGUUCAGUCUCAGGAGAAAAAGGUCAGCGAGCUGAGCGUCGACCUGGAGAGCAAACAGAAGGAGUUUCAGUCUGUGCAGGAAGAUAAGAGCUCGCUGGAGCAGCAGCUAACCAGCCUGAGACAAAAGCUCGAGGAGGCCGAGGAGGAGAACAGGAAGACGAUGAAGACCCAGCAAGAACUGGAUCAGGGCGUGGAGCAGUCGAAGAAAGAGCAUCAAACCCUGAAAGAGGAGAGUCAGAGGAGAGAGACAGAGCUGAAAGCACAGUUAACACAGAAAACUGAAGAGUCGGAGAGGACGGCGCUGUCGCUUGAGCAGCUGACCAAUGUGAAUAAAGCACUGGAGACAAAGCUCGAGGCUUUAAAACAGCAGAACUCCAAAUACCAGGAGGAGCUCAGUCUGACGAAGGAGCGCAGCAGCUCAGAGAACCAGCGCAUCGGAGUCGUCUGCAAGGAAAUUGAGGAGCUGAAACUGGCCUCCCAGAAGUCUCAGCAUCUCGAGGAGCACAAUGAGGACUCGAACAGCCAACAGACAGACAUGAAAACCAGAGAAAUCGUCUCUAAUCAGGAAUCGGACUUCCAGAAAUCCACUGGAGCCUUAAUCUCAGACAAAGAUCGGGAACUGGAAACUCUAAGGAAUGAGAUCGCGGUGCUGCGAGGAGAAAACGCCAUGGCCAAGACGCUGCAGACGGCCGUGGAGACGCUGGAAAGAGACAAAGCCCAGCUGCAGAGUCGAGUUCACAGCCUGGAGCAAAGGCUCAUGGGAACAGAGACGUUGGAGGGAGGAGACAGGGAAGCGCCUCGCUCAGGCGACGUGGCUCUGGAGCAGCUGAGGGAGGAGAAGGAGUUUGCAGAAGGGCAGAUCAACUUCCUGAACAGCGUGAUCGUCGACCUGCAGCGGAAGAACGAGGAGCUGAAGAUCAAACUGAAGAAACUCGCUCUGGCCGAGUUCAACGGCAACGACGGGACGGAUGAUUUCGACAAAAGCGCCUCGAAGCGGGAAAAGAAGGCGACCCCGCGUCUCUUCUGCGACAUCUGCGACUGCUUCGACCUCCACGACACGGAGGACUGUCCCACUCAGGCCCAGAGCCCCGACUCCGUACCUCACACCACCUACCACGGCAACCCGGCCGACGAGCGCCCGUACUGCGACAUCUGCGAGGCCUUCGGACACGCCACCGAGUCAUGCAACGAUGACCAGACCUUCUAAUCUAAUCACUCCAAAAAUCUCUUUUACCUGCACUCAUCUUUCUCCUUCAACCCUUAAAAAAACACAUUUCACUCCUCUUCCCAUCCAGCUCCGCAAUGCCUGACUAAAAAUCCCACCCUCCCCCUCCCUUGCAGAUUUUUCCAUAAUGUAUUUUUAUACUGUAUUUAUGCAUAUCACUGGUAGCUGGUAACUGUCCUGAUCUAAAAAUCCUGAAGAUAAACUGUUCUGUAAUGCAGAAUGCUCGUCCAAAUAUUCUGCUUUGGUGCAAUAUUGAUGUUUAUAACACACACAAAAAAAAAAGGAAAUCCGUCCUCUCUGCACUCGUUUUUUAAAAUUUUAUUUUAACGUAUUUGUUUGUAUCUUUUAAAAAUAAACAAUGUUUUCACGCGCGUUGUUAUUCAGGGGGAGGCUUUAUUAGAUAAUUAGCACAACAACAACAACAAACAACAAACAAAGGUGUAAAACAUAUUUAAGCACAGUUGAAACUGAAGGGAAAAAAUGAAGCAUCUUGUCCGACUCUACAUUCCUGUAAAAGCUACAAACCAAUCCGAGUGAUACUGCCAUGUAACAAACGUCGAUGUUCAGUAACUUUCUUCCAGUGUAUCAACCCCUUUAAAGGCUUCAGUAUGCUUUAAAAAAAGAAAAGAAAGUAGUUCUGAUGACGGGUAAAAGGCUAAAGAUGUUUACAGUUUAUCAGUUUACAAAAGCGAGGUGGACAACAAACAGGAAUAAUCAAGGUCUUUUUCGGAGUUCAAAGGCAUUUAAAACGUUGUACACAAGCAAAAUUACAUUAGUAGUUGUGUGGAAAUGAAAAAAAGACAACUUACUUUAUCAAAUCUGCAUUUCUGACCAAUGGCUGCAUGUGAAUGUUGGAUUAUCUGUUUCAGAAAGUUACAGAAAGUGUCAGAUGUUGCCUCCUCCGAUGUCCAAAAAGGGGGUUCAGGAGUUUCUGGCACAACUUCACCGACUUCCAAGGUGCACGGAGAAGGGGGAAAAGGCCCCCCCAAAAAAAGUCAAAUCUCCAGCAACACUUGCAGUAUAAUGUUAGACCAAUUCAUUUCAGCUUACGGCCUUCAUCAGUGUCAUCAUAAAAACACAUUACAAGCAGCGUUUAAAAAACAGAAAAGAAAUUAAAAAGGUAAAAAAAAUAACCAAUGAUGUGCUUCCAGACAUGCAUCAGCCAGUAGAUUAUCUACCACGGUGGGUUGGGUAUAAUGACGCCAUAUUAGGUCCAUAAAGCAGAGAAAUAAAGCCUAAAAUCUAAACUGUGUCCAUUUGCCUCUCUGGGACAAUGAUUGGUCUGAAGUCACAUGACCAUAUGACACAACCUACCUUGGUAGAAUUAGUUAUUUUUUACCUUUUUAAAUGUGUGUCUACUUCACUUAAACUUAUAUUAUAUUUAAAUGCUGCUUUUAAUGUGUUUUAUAAUGACUCUGAUGAAGGCUGCAAGUGCUGCGUUGCUCUUUUAAUAAAGCUGGUCUGUACUGUAAAUGCUGCUGGAGCGCUUUCUUUUAAAGCAUACUGAGGCCUUCACUGUUAAACUAUUGAAAACUAGUAACGCUACAAACUUGACUGAAGUUCAGUUUUGACCUUGGAAUUUAAAAAAAAUCCAUUUAAAGGUUUUUCCAGAGUUUAAAAAUGCAUCUAAAUCUUCUUCGGUGGCUUUUUUUUUGUUUGUUUUAUUGAAGUGACGACAUUCAGUUUACUCAAAUGCGAAAUAUACAGUUGUUACUGAGUGUGCUGAAGAGGUUGGACACUUUUAUCCCAACAAUGCAAGCCUUUAUGUAGCUUAAGUUUUACUCUUUACUCCACCUGCUGAGAUCUGGGUAAAAAAGCUCCAGAAAAAGCUUGUAAAUGAAGCUUGAAAACACAAAGAAAAGUCAGUUUACUCGUCACAGUUUGUGUCAUUUUGCCAGUAAAUACAGUGUUUUAUGUCUUUUGUUGCUCUGGAGGAAGUCUGAAACAAUAAAUCAGGGCUUAUGCAGCAUUUUUUAAGCUUUAAGAUAUUUUUGUGAUUUAUUAUUUAAUAGAAAUUGUUUUUUUUAAUUUUUUUUUUUACAUAUAACAAAUAUAACAGUAGUUUAACAGUAUACUAAUCAACCUCUAUGUUUGGAUACGUGUGUGUGACGUAUUAUGCAUUAAAGAGAUUUACAUAAAGUGACUAUACAACACUUCAGGGUCCAUUUAGUAGCUGUUCUGGAGCUUUCACUCACAAUUACACAAUCUUCCUCAGUAGAUAGAGUUGCUCAGUUGUCACGAAUUAGAUUUUUUUGAAGCAUUUUAAUCCACAUUGGUGCAAAAAUUGAGAUUUAAAGUUAAACUCCAAUUCUACGAAAACUGAGCAACUUGACUGAAAUCUCCAGAAAGCUACUAAAAAGAUCUCGUGUUGAAAUUGCUCUAUUAAUUACUGUUUCCAAGGUCUCAAAUGAACUUUAAAUUUUCUUUCCAUCCGUCAUCAUACAGGUUAAUAUCCUGGAACAAUGCCUCUUAAAGUAACUGACACUUUGUUGUAGUUAAUGAAUGAAGUUGUUGCAUUUUGUUAUUUAUUGUCUGAUUUGUCGCUAACCGAUUAAAUAUUCCUACAGAGAAAUAAGCUAGCACUGAUUUAAAGUGUAUAGUCUGUAGUAGGACUACUGUAGUUAUAUAGGUUGGGCUUUUAAAAAAAAAAAAAGCAAGAAAAAUGCAUCUGCCUCACGUUAUAGGAAAUGAACUUGCCCAGAUGAAACUAUCGAAGCCUCGACUAACUUACUUAAUUUUUGUUUUGUUUUUUGCACUGUCCACUUUAAAAAUUCAAGAAAUAAAAACGUUAUCUAAC